AUUGUCUGAUGUGUCAUUGAACCAAAAGACAAAAUUUGCAUCAAAUUCUGCUCCCCUAUAAUGAGGAAUCUUGCCAAACAUAAAUUACUAUGCCCAUCCACACAAUUAUCACCUCCUCUAAAGAACUAACCACAUUCUUUUGCAUUGAUAAUGACGAUAUAAAAAAAGGUUAAUAGAGUUGAGUUUCUCAAACCUUUUCAAUAUAUAAGAACCACUAUAUUCCUCUCUGCUCAACUGCAAAAUCUCAAUCUCCCCUUCAACACUGAAAAGAAGCAUGAUGAUUAGCCCAAGGAAGCUCAUCAAAAUAGCAAGAAAGUGGCAAAAGAUUGCUGCCAUGAGGAGGAAAAGAAUUUCUUUUCCCAGGCUGAAGGGCAACAGGAACACAGAUUUUUCUCAAGCAUCAUCGGCUGGGUCAGGAAAUUUUGUCAUCUACACCAUAGAUGGCAUACGAUUUGUUAUUCCCUUAGCCUAUCUUAGCAGCGACAUCUUCAGAGAGCUAUUCAAGAUGUCUGAGGAAGUGUUUGGGCUACCAAGUGAAGGGCCUAUCAAAUUGCCAUGUGAUGCUGUCUUCAUGGGGUACACAGUCUCACUCAUCCAGAAAGGCUUAGGUAAAGAUAUAGAGAAAGCUUUGCUUACUUCCAAGGACACUACUUGCUGCUCAACGUCUGCUGGUUUCCCUCAGGGACAUACAGGGAAACAAUUUCUUGUUUGUGGCUAUUGAAGUUACACUUCAACUCUGUAAAUACCAAGUAGUCCUGAUAACUGUAGUGUACAUCUGUAGCAUAUUUCUGUACAUCAUAGAUGCUUUGAAAUGAAAAAUGGACUUUGUGCAAUUCAAGAAAUUGCAAACAUGAUUAACUGUAAGAAGUAGACUCAAUUCAUGCCAGCCUACCAAUUUAACUUGCUUCUAUUUCUAGUUCACAUAGUUAGUUGCGCCGUAAUC